GCAACACGAAAAUAAAACUAUUUUGUUUACAAAUAAUAGUAUUUUGAUGCAUUUUUGUGUUAAUUUUAAUUUUGAAUUAAUUUAUAAAGUUAAUGUAAAAUGUCUAUAAAACAAUGUUGUAGUUUGUGUUGUACUACAUGCGGUGAAUAUAAAUUAUUGCAAAAUGAUUUGGGCGAAAGCAAUGAAGUCUAUGAAAUUACAGUGAAAUAUUUUGAUCCCAUGUUACUCCAAGAAGAGGAGGGCGAAGACUCUCAACACAAUCAGGCACUUUGUCAGAACUGUUGGUUUCACAUCGAAGAGUUUCAUGAAUUUCAACAAACGGUAUUGAAAGCUCGAAUGUUAUGGGAAGAUAAAGUAAAUAAAAAACAAUUGCCUAUUGAAGUAAAACAGGAAGAUGAACAGCCAUAUGUCAGUACAAAAUAUGAGGAUGAGGAACAGUUUUAUAGAAGUGAUGACGAUGAUGAUGAGGAUCAUUUUGAUGAUGUGGAAAAUUAUGAUUUGAAAACAGAAUCACUAUCGAGCCUAGAAGAUGUUGUAGACUCCAUAGCUAUACAAUCCGAGGAAAAGGAUAAUAAAAACAAUUUGGCACAAGAUGAAGAGAAAAACAAGAAUGAGCUAGAAGUACCAGCUAAAUCGCGCCGAGGAAGAAAGCCUAGAAAUUCCACAAAAUCUAAAGAGCCUGAAGACGAAGAAGAUGGCGGUGAAAGGGAAAAAAGAAAAAAACCCAAAUUAUCGGAAAACAAAAAAGAGAAAGGAAACUCUGCCCUUAAUAUGGAAAAAGCAAAAGAAUCUGAUGCUUUCAUAGCCGAAUGGAAACCUGAGCUUAUAUGUGAUUUGUGCAGUGAAAGCGCUAAUAAUUUCGAUAAACUUCGUAGUCAUUUUAGGGAGAAACAUAAAACCAGAUUUUAUAUUAAAUGCUGUGAACGUAAAUUCUUUCGCCGUUGUGUCCUUGUCAAUCACAUACAAUUACAUCUUAAUCCGGAAACUCACAAAUGUGAUAUAUGCGGAAAAUCCAGUUCAACCAAGCACAAUCUUAAACUACAUAAAAAGGUAAUGCACGAAGAUACAAAACAAUUAAAAUGUGAUAUAUGCGAAAAGCUUUUUAAACAAAAAGUUACACUGGAGCGGCACUUGCUAACUCAUUCUACGGGAAGCAAAGACUUCGUUUGCUCCGAGUGUGGCAAGGGUUAUGUAGCGGAACAAUUACUUAAAUUGCACAUUAAACAUGUGCAUAACGUUGAUCGUGUUUGCGAUCAGUGUGGCAAAACUAUUCAUGGAUUUCAAGCUCUUAAGAAACAUCUUAUGGAGCAUGCCGGCAUUGAACGACCUACAUUCCGCUGUGACAUUUGCGGCGUUGAACUAAAGUCACCCAAUGGUCUUAAACGCCACAAGGCAGCCUAUCACAAUGAUGGUACGACUAUAUAUGUUUGCGGGGUGUGUGGUAAGGUAGCUUCAAGCGAAAAUGCUUUGUUGAAUCACAAAAAACUUGUACAUGUGGUUGAACGGAAACAUAAGUGCACAUAUUGCGAUAAAGCAUUUAAACGUCCUAAAUCAUUGCGCGAACAUAUUGCCACUCACACGGGUCAGGAUCUCUAUCAGUGUCCACAUUGUCCGCAAACAUUUAGAGUUAGUGCCAAUAUGCACCAUCAUCGCAAAAAAGUACAUCCCGUUGAAUGGCAAGAAGGUCGCAAAAAUCGCCUGCAACAACCUAAAAUUAAUAUAAAUCAAGUUAAGAAACAAGUUAUAAUAUGAUUUACUGACAUACAAUAAUAUGUACGUACAUAUUUAUGUAGAAUUAAUUAGAAUAUGUAAAAACAAAU